UGACAUUUGACAUUGCUGUCAACAUUGCAAAAAUUGUUUAAUUGCUUAAUUCCACUCAAUAAGUAUUUGCAAUGCAAAAGUAUGAAAAAUUGGAAAAAAUCGGUGAAGGUACAUAUGGUACCGUUUUCAAAGGACGUAACAGGGAGACUAUGGAGAUAGUUGCCCUGAAGCGUGUGCGAUUGGACGAAGAUGAUGAAGGUGUGCCUUCCUCCGCCUUACGGGAAAUUUGUUUAUUGAAGGAGCUGAAGCAUAAGAAUAUUGUUCGUUUAUACGACGUCUUACAUUCCGAAAAGAAGUUGACACUGGUUUUCGAGCACUGCGACCAGGAUUUGAAGAAAUAUUUUGAUAGCCUUAAUGGGGAUAUCGACAUGCAAGUUUGUCGUAGUUUCAUGCUGCAGCUGCUACGAGGUUUAGCCUUCUGUCAUAGUCGCAAUGUAUUACAUCGUGAUCUAAAACCUCAAAAUCUAUUGAUAAACAAAAAUGGUGAACUGAAAUUGGCCGAUUUUGGUCUUGCUAGGGCCUUUGGCAUACCUGUUAAAUGCUAUUCCGCAGAAGUAGUUACUUUGUGGUAUAGACCUCCAGAUGUUCUUUUUGGUGCCAAGUUAUAUACAACAUCUAUUGAUAUGUGGUCGGCUGGUUGUAUAUUCGCGGAACUAGCUGAUGCCGGUAGACCUCUUUUCCCCGGUUCAGAUGUUUUGGAUCAAUUAAUGAAAAUAUUUCGUGUUUUGGGCACGCCAACGGAAGAGACAUGGCCGGGUGUUACCCACUUAUCGGACUAUGUGGCUUUACCACAUUUUCCUGCAAUCACCUCCUGGAGCCAAAUAGUACCCCGCUUGAAUUCCAAGGGCCGAGACUUAUUGCAAAAAUUAUUAGUGUGUCGACCAAACCAGCGUAUUAGUGCAGAACAGGCAAUGUUACAUCCAUAUUUCACCGAAAGUUCCAAUCAUUAGAAGGAGAUUAAUAUUUGAGGCGUGCUUUUAAGUAAUUCUCCUGGUACCAAAAAUAGUUUUAUUUUCUGUUGUUAGUGCUCGUUCGUUUCGUUUUCCUUUUACUUUUUUCGAUUUUAUCCAAAUUCUAUACAAUUAAGUUAUUCUAAAUAAGACUUAUGGAAGUUGAUAUUAGUGCGAUCUUUAUAAGAUGUGUCAAUCAUAAAACAUGAUUGUUAAAUUAUUUACCUAAGAAAAUAAAAAUAGA